GUUAGGUUUCAAACAGCGGUCGUGGAUCAUUUGGAUCGUCAAGUCGGAAGUGAUGUUGCUAGCCGCUACGACGAACAUUUGAUAUUUGUUGUGGAUUGUAGCCUUCUUUAGGUCUUUUCUUGUCCAUUAGCAGUUCGAAAGGAUUUUACUCCCUAAACACCAGGUUGACUUGAGCAGUUGACCAUCAUAGGAUGAUGACGUUGUCCAUAGACAUGGUACUCUCCGAUGCCAGGAGACUGGUAGAAAGGUUAAAGGAACACGACAGCGCAGCCGACCAUCUCAUCCAGGAAACAACAACGUUGAACAAGAAAAUUGAAGUCAUGAAAGAGUACCAAGAAGAGAUCGAGGAGAUGAACAACAUCGCCCGACACCGGCCUCGCUCUGCCCUCAUCCUUGGUAUACAGCAGGAGAAUCGACAGAUCAGGGAGCUACAGAAGGAGAACCAGGAGCUACGGGUGGCCCUGGAGGAGCACCAGUCGGCCCUGGACCUGAUCAUGAGCAGCUAUCGGGACCAGGUCUCGAGGCUGGUCAACGCUAACCAAGCCGAGAGGGACAACAUGCUCGCUAAUCAGAAGACGCUGGACUUUGAGCAGGACCCGGCAGUCACUUCCAUCGAAAAGAUCAUCGAGAUGGCCGCCGUCAUGCAACGAGCCAUCAACGUCGACGAGCAGACCUCAUACGACGUCGAGGAAACCCUGGCGCGGCUACAGAUGGAGAACCGUGGCCUUCGGGAACUCCUGCAGAUCUCCAGGACGACGCAGGCCAGGCAUCUACCCACCUACGGCAGCGAGGGGAGUGUGGACUUGGGAGAGAGGGAAAAGGGGAGAGACGAUGAUGCGGAGAAGGACAACGAGACGAGCGAGAGUGACAGUGAUAAGGACACGUCUGUCAUUCACGACACGACUAUCAUACAAAAGGAUAAGAACGGUGUACCGUUGAAUUGAUCGGGUGAACUGUGAUGGCAGCAGAGACUGUCAUAUAUCAACUCCACUUUAUCCUCAUUAUGAUGAACGCUACACGAGGAAGCGCUACAUGUUUGAGUUACUUGAGUAAGACAACAUGAACUGAUCGUUGGAAAGGAUUACAGUAAAUUGUUUAGCUACCCAUUGCGUCCUGCAUUUAUAUUUAUAUAUUUAUAUAUCUCAACAGGCCCAAUGCAAGAAAGUCAAUGCAGAUCGUUUAUUGUACAAUGUUAAAUUGUUAAUUGUCCUCUUCAAUAGUUAGUUAUUUUGUAAAAACAACUGACAUCACCAAAUUGUAUCUAAAAAUUAUGAUUUAAUUUAAUUUUCAUAUAUUCCAAAAUAUCUAUAGGUUAUUUAACGUUAGAUUUAUACUCAACAUAAAUGUGUUUGUAAGAUAAAUAGAGGGUUCAAUGAACCAUAUUAGCACAAACUGGAACAUUUGUUUUAAAUUAAAAAGGAAAGGUAUGGUGUAGUCGUCAGCGAGAUCUAUUCUGUGCUUCAAGUUUAUCAGCUUGUGAAAAAACAAGAAUAGGAGCAAUUCAGCCGUUUUUGUGUAUCUAAAGUAAGUUUGGUCCCAAAUGAUUAAAAAUAGGGUCGUGUAUCAUCCCUGGGGGCCGGUUUUGGAGGAUCAACACAAUUUCAUUCACCUAUUUAUUACCUUCAGGCUUUUAAUAGCCAUACCCAUGUCAGGAGUGUGUUUCCCUCUGGUUUUCUGAAGUCCCCAACUAUUGGUACAGUCAAACCUGCUUAAGUGACCACCUGUCUACAAAGACCACGUUUUUGUUUUCCUUCAAAAUGGUUUCUCAUCGGGACAUGUACUAAAGAAUUCAAAGGAACCUGCCUACAAAGACCACUUUUUGUGUUUGGGUGGUUGCUAAAGACAGGUUUGACUGUAUUAACACCAAGUUUGUAAUGCCCUGGUCACCUGCCGAGAACCCUAUAUGCAUUCGAUGUGUCAGUUGAAAAGUUUCCUUUUAGCUAUAAUUUCUAUCGGUGGUUUGUAGUAGUUGAAAUUAGUGAUCACGAUUGCCAAAUGCUGCUCUGGUACAGAAAUGUGUAUGUUUUUAUCAAAUUAGACAAAAAUGUUGUUAGGGGUGUAAGGCGAUUCUGUGCAAUGUGUCCCGUACUACAGAGCAUAGGUCUUUCUUUCCACUUAAAUGUAUUUCAUUGAAAAAUGUAUUUCAUCCAAAAAUAAUAAGUAUUUUGAUGUGACCAAACAGUUAUCGCAUUGGACACAUUGUACAGAAUCACCCACUGGCAUACAUGUAAAUGCUAUGCAGUGCUGGUGUAGGACAGGUGAAAAUACCAGAAUUUUAAGUUUUAAACUUGUCAAAACAUAUAACGGUACACAACGACACGACAGCUAUGUGUAUCGGUACAUAUAGCUCUACUUUAGGCUUAUUUAUGUGUGUGUGAAUGUUACAGUAUGUUUUUUGUGAUUUUGCUCUGGAGACAAUUGCUCCGAUGUUAUUUUGUCAGAGGUAUAGGGAUAAAUGAUUAUGGUUGAAAUUGGGUAGCAUCUUAGGUUUUGGGUUAGGUAAAGUGUUUGGUGUAGGAAAUCGGAGGUGGAGCUAUUGUGGUAGGAGCACAGCUCAUGACCUGACUAUGACCAGAUUUUGAAAAAACUUGCAUCAGGGUUGGAUUUAAAUAUGAAGAUUUCCUCAUUAUUGAGGUCCAGAAGUAUAUGAAUUCAAUUUUUUUUUACAUGGAUCACUUGUUUCAGUAUGGACUUUCUUCACCUUGGUCGGGAGCGAUCUACAUAUUGCAACGUCCAACUCUUAAAUCGUUUUGCAAUUUGUUGAAAAUUUAGCUGUAGUCGUGUCAUGAGGGAGGCUUGAUCCACAGUUGUAAAAUAUUUUAUCGAAAUAUAAUGUAUAAUUGUACAAAUGAGAGCAGUUGAUAAAUAGUACAUUGAACUUGUACAUUAAAACCUUUUUUGAGAAGAAAAA